AAGAACGAUUCCGGAAGUUAGCGACUUCCAGUAAACUGUUCAGAUCAGAAGAAGAAACCGUUCUAUGUAAAAUGGCUUUUGUGCCCAAUAAUGAUGAUUUAUUUGACUCCAUCAUCAUGGCCGAUGACAGGUUUCAUGUUGAAGGUUAUCAGGAAGGCUUUGAGGAGGGAGUUCGACAGGGAACCAUCGAGGGUAGAAAUCACGGGCGGCUUCAUGGAGCCAAACUCAGUGCAGAGGUUACUUUUUACUAUGGAUUUGCACUCGCAUGGAAAUGUUUCCUUCAAAGUAGCACUGAUGUUAAAGCAAGAAAAAGACUGAAAGCUAUGGAAUCUUUAAUCGGAGUCAUCCAAAACUUCCCAUAUGAAGACCCUCAGUAUGAAAAGCUUCAAGAGGACAUGGAAAGGGUGCGCGCCAAGUUCAGACAGGUGUGCUCUUUACUGAACGUGUCGACGGACUUUCGAGAAUAUGUGAGUGGAUCGACAUCAAUGUCCUUCUGAGACUACCAGAAGCUUACAACAGCAGUUAUGGCAAACUCGGAGCACCUCAGAGAGGCCGUUUAUAAGCAGACCGUACUGCCCAUCAUCUGCAGAGAGCCAGUUGUGGUGCGAGCGUUUUUUGUGGUGGUCGUGUGGAGUGUGUAAAAGUGUAGACCGGUUUCACUUUUACUGGUAAGGUGAAAUUCUGCAACCAAACUCUGGAACUUAACUCUAGAAAACACUGAGUGAAAGGGCUUGAGUUGUAUUUUUAAGAGUUUUAAAGUGGAGAAAAAUUAAGCAGUAACAUGAGUCAGUCUAAUAUACAAACCAAAGUUUUGUUCUUCAUAAGAACUUUCCAUGUCCUAAUAUGGUUCCUUUCCGUUGGGUGGAAUGACCUUGAUUUGCAAACAAAUGCUUUGCUAGAUAAAGCUGCUCAUGAAGACUAUAAACGCCAUCUUGUGGUGGAAGUGGAGAUUUACUCUUGUUGUUAGAUGGCUCCGCCUGCUGGUGAGCUGAAAUUAGUGCAGGAUUGUGAUAUUUGAAUAAUAAUGUAAUGGAGCUGAUAAACGCAUACCAUUUUGUUUGAAAUUCCUGUGGAAGUUUUGUCUAUUCAAAUUUAAUUGAUGUUAAUAUUAAAGGUAUUUCAUAACAAAAUAAAUGAUUCACAUUAAUUAUUUUGACAAA